UAAUAUUUGACUGUAAUUUCAUUAUCAUAUCAUUAUAGAUUGAAUCUGGCUGUUUUAAACUGUAUUUUUGAUAAGCAAGUUUUCUUGAACUGAUAUCGGUCUUGUUUAUUAUCGUGUUAAUUACAGUAGAUACAGCAAUUGUGGUGAUUGUGAUAAUCGUUUUAAUCAUAUUAAUGUUUGUAGCAAAAAGUAUAAAAAGAAUAAAUAAUAAACAACUUUUUUACAAUAGGUUUUCUAUUAGAAGAAUAUCCAAGAUUAUAAAACCAUCCCUCAAUAGUGAAUAUAAUAUGAAUAGUGUUAAUAAAGAUCUUAAUAACAAGAAUAUCGAUAAGAAUAUGAAUAUGAAUAUGAAAAUGAGUGCAAAUGAAAAUGAAAAUGGAAAUGAAAAUGAAAAAAAAAAUGAGAAUAACAAUGCAACCUUACAAUACGGAUUGAACGAAAAUUCAAGUAUUAAUGAUUAUUUAAGAUUGAAUAGAAAAUGGUCAAUAAGCAAAAGAGAGGUUACAAAUGAUUUGUUAUUCAAGACAACAGCAAAGGGUCAGUCACCACAUACGUUAUGGAUUGGAUGCUCAGAUUCUAGAUAUAACGAGGAUUGUUUCGAAGGAGUGUUGCCUGGAGAGAUUUUUACAUUUCGAAAUAUUGCCAAUAUAUUGAACCAUCCGGAAGAUAUUUCGACAAAUUCCAUGUUAAGUUUUGCCAUAAACAAAUUGAAAAUCAAGAAGAUACUCAUAGUUGGGCAUACUGAUUGUGGAGGAGUUUGGGCAUCAUUAAUGACACAUAAACAUGCCAACAACAAUUUAUCGGUACAUUUGAACAAAUGGUUAAAACCAUUAAUUGAAUUGAAGUUUGAAAAUGAAAAAAAACUAGACGAAAUUAAAGACCCAAAUGACAGAUGUGCUAAACUAGUCGAACUAAACAUUAAAAGCCAGUUGAAGUACUUGAUCCAUGAAAACCAUGAUUCAAAACUGGCAUACAAUGAAAGAAGAAUCGAGAUUCAUGGAUUGAUAUUCGAUGUAUCAACUGGAUUGUUAUCGCCAGUUUAUCUAUAAAUAUGAAAAAAAAAUAAGGAAAAUAGGAAUUAGAAUAGAGAAAAUACAAAGUUUAGUCAAGCAGCAUCUACAGUAGGCCUUGAAUUAAAACUGCUUAAAAAUGAUGACUACUGGAAGAAGAUCAAAAACUAUAGUUUGUUGUCGUCUGUUUUUUGCAAAGUUCGGGCUUUUACAAAUUGGUGGUUUUCUUUUUCCUGUUCAGCUCCCCAUGUAUAGUCGACCAAAAAUCAAAAGGUUUCCACAGCG